UUCGAGUAUAACCCCUCAAGAUACACCGGAGUCAGGAUUUUUCUUGCAAGCUGACAAGAAAAUGUCACCGAAGAAGCUAAAUUCAUCAAUGCAGCCUUCUCGAAGCCGACGGAGUCUGCAGGUCGCCCAGGAGCGUAUACGUUGGCUGGUCGCCAACGCACCAACUCUCCUAACAAUGCUCGACUACGUCUCCUGGGCAAUGGACGUGGUCGAAACACUGCCACAACCACCAAAUGCUGCUUUGCAGCAAUUAGCACCGCGACGAUCUCCGACGGCUGACCUGCCACGACGAUCUCCGGCGGCUAACCUGCCACGACGAUCCCCGGUGGCUGACCUGCCACAACGAUCCCCGGUGGCUGACCAGCCUCGACGAUCCUCGACGGCUGAGCAGCCGCAGAGAUCUUCGACGGCUGAGCAUCCUCGACGAUCCUCGCGGCUGACCCGGCGCAGCGAUCUCCGACGGCUGACCCGCCACGGCGAUCCCCAAUGGCUGAGCAGCCUCAGAGAUCUUCGACGGCUGAGCAUCCUCGACGAUCCUCGCGGCUGCCGGCGCAGCGAUCCCCAAUGGCUGAGCAGCCUCAGAGAUCUUCGACGGCUGAGCAUCCUCGACGAUCCUCGGCGGCUGACCCGGAGCAGCGAUCUCCGACGGCUGACCCGCCACGGCGAUCCCCAAUGGCUGAGCAGCCUCGGCGAUCUUUGA